AUGGCUGAUAUUACCUCACUUACACAAAAGCUGAAUGCUUUUGGCAUUUCUGAGCCCGUGAAGCCAUAUCCGGGCUCCAACCCUGAGCUCAACCCCAUUGAUCUCUUCCGUUCCUACAUUACCCAGGAGCUUUCUCGGGUGUCUGGUAUUGAGCCCGCUAAAAUUUUCCCCGCUCUCGAAUGGACAAACACUUCUGACCGUGGAGAUUUGAUUAUUCCUAUCCCCCGUAUUACUCGGGAAAAGAACCACGAGGAACUUGCUGCCGAGUGGACAUCCAAAUUUGAAAAUGGACCCUACUUGUCUGAAGUUAUUGCCAAGGGCAAGUUCAUUCAGUUUUUCUUUAACCCUAGACUUCUGGGUGACAUUUCCAUUAAGGACAUCUUGCAAAAGGGUAAGGACUUUGGCAAGGCCGAGAUUGGCAAGGGCCAGCGUAUUGUUGUUGAAUUCAGUUCGCCCAACAUUGCCAAACCAUUCCAUGCAGGCCAUUUGCGUAGUACCAUUAUUGGUGGAUUUAUCAGCAACCUGCAUGAGGCACUUGGGUUUGAUGUUGUUCGAUUAAACUACCUUGGUGACUGGGGCAAGCAGUUUGGUGUUCUUGGUGUUGGAUUCCGCAAGUAUGGAUCUGAGGAGGCUCUUGAGAAGGACCCGAUCCAACAUUUGUUUGAUGUUUAUGUCAAGAUUAACCAAGAUAUUACAAGUGAAAAGGAGGCCCAGAUUGCUGCUGGUUCUACUGAUCCUCAGAGUGAGAUUGACAAUGAAGCUCGUGCAUUUUUCAAGAAGAUGGCAGAUGGUGAUGAGGAGAGCUUAAACUUGUGGAAGAAGUUCCGUGCUCUUAGUAUUGAGCGUUACAAGGCGACAUAUGAACGUCUCAACAUUUUCUACGACAGUUACUCUGGAGAGUCUCAAGUCAGCGAGGAGCGAUUGAAGGAGGUUACUAAGGAGCUUCAGGAAGCGAAUUUGAUUACUGAGGAUAAGGGAGCACUGCUUGUUGAUUUGACCAAGUACAAUAAGAAGCUUGGCAAGGCUAUUGUGCAGAAGAAGGAUGGUACUUCAUUGUACUUGACCCGAGACUUGGGUGCAGCUAUUGAUCGUCACCAAAAGUACAAGUUUGACAAGAUGUUUUACAUUAUUGCUUCACAGCAGGACCUGCACACUGCACAAUUUUUUAAGAUUUUGGAGUUAAUGGGGUACGAGUGGGCCAAGAAUUUGAAGCACAUUAACUUUGGUAUGGUUCAAGGAAUGAGUACACGAAAGGGUACAGUUGUGUUUUUGGACACGAUUCUUGAGGAGACUAAGAAUGCCAUGCACGAGGUGAUGAAGAAGAAUGAGGAGAAGUAUGCACAGGUGGAGAACCCUGAAGAGAUUGCUGAUCUUGUUGGUAUGUCUGCUGUUUUGAUUCAAGACAUGUCUGCUAAGCGAAUCAAUAACUAUGCGUUUAACUGGUCACGAAUGUUGUCCUUUGAGGGUGAUACUGGGCCAUACCUGCAAUAUGCUCACUCUCGUCUGCGAUCUGUGGAGCGUAAGGCUGGAGAGCUUAACAACAAGCAAGAACUUGAGGCUGCUGAUUAUUCGCUUUUGACAGAGCCAUGUGCUAUUGAGCUGAUUCGUUUGAUUGCGCAGUAUCCUGAUGUGUUGCUGAAUGCUUUGCGCACUUUGGAGCCAUCGACAGUUGUUACAUAUCUGUUUAAGCUGACGCAUACUGUGUCAUCUUGCUACGAUGUGUUGUGGGUUGCUGGACAAGAGAAGCCUCUUGCCCAGGCUCGUCUUGCAUUGUACUCUUCUGCUCGCCAGGUAUUGUACAAUGGUAUGAAGUUGCUCAAUUUGACACCUGUUGAUCGUAUGUAA